AUGGCGGUCUCCCUGCAACUCAACUUUAAACCCUUGAGACCUCGAUUUCUUCAUUCCAAACCCCAUCCCAAAAGCGCUCCAAAGAUCGCCGGUAUCCGCUGCUCCGCGGCCACACAGAAGAAAAGCUACACCCUCACUCUCCUCCCUGGAGAUGGCAUUGGCCCGGAGGUCGUCUCCGUCGCUAAGGACGCCCUACAGCUCGUCGCCUCCCAAGAAGGGAUUGAAUUCAAGUUCAAAGAACUGCCAAUGGGUGGCGCCGCCUUGGAUUUAACCGGAGUACCAUUGCCGGAGGAGACACUUUCAGCUGCAAAGGCUUCUGAUGCUGUUCUUCUUGGAGCCAUUGGAGGGUACAAGUGGGAUAAUAAUGAGAAACAUUUGAAGCCUGAGACUGGGCUGCUUCAGCUCCGGGCAGGUCUUCAAGUGUUCGCGAACUUGAGGCCUGCAACCGUUUUCCCUCAGUUGGUGGAUGCUUCGACUUUGAAAAAAGAAGUUGCAGAGGGUGUGGACUUGAUGGUAGUAAGGGAACUUACAGGAGGGAUAUAUUUUGGCAAGCCAAGAGGUUUUGGCAAAAAUGAAAAUGGUGAAGAAACUGGAUUCAACACUGAGAUUUAUGCAGUUCACGAGAUCGAUCGUAUAGCGCGGGUCGCAUUUGAAACUGCUCGAAAACGUAAUGGGAAACUUUGUUCUGUUGACAAAGCUAAUGUUUUGGAGGCUUCCAUGCUAUGGAGAAAGAGAGUUACGGAUAUGGCCUCAGAAUACCCUGACGUUGAACUCUCUCACAUGUAUGUCGACAAUGCGGCCAUGCAGCUCGUUCGAAACCCGAAACAGUUUGAUACUAUUGUUACAAACAAUAUAUUCGGCGAUAUUCUUUCUGAUGAGGCUUCAAUGAUAACUGGGAGUAUAGGAAUGCUUCCUUCUGCCAGUCUUGGUGCGUCGGGACCCGGAUUAUUCGAACCAAUACAUGGUUCUGCUCCUGAUAUUGCAGGGCAGGAUAAGGCGAACCCUUUGGCAACAAUACUAAGUGCAGCCAUGCUAUUGAAAUACGGGCUGGGAGAGGUGAAGGCAGCAGAAAGAAUCGAGGCUGCUGUGUUGAAUACUCUGGAUAGAGGAUUUCGAACGGGUGAUAUUCACUCAGCUGGACUGAAAUUAGUCGGGUGCAAGGAGAUGGGCGAACAAGUGUUGAAGUCGAUAGACAGUAAGGUUGCUGCCGGUGUUUGA